UUAUGUACCUAGCUAUAAUACGGCUACAUAAACAUUAAACACACAGGCCUUAGCCUCAUGCAUUACUUACGCCUGUAUGCUUCUCUGGUUCCGUCCGUGCAGAUUUUUUUUAUAAUUCAUGCCGUGGUCAAUCCUCUUUAUUUAUAUAGUGAGGCAUCAACACCUUUCUUCUCCAAACACACACACCAUUCACCUCUUCUCUUGUUUUCAUCAUUCUAAACACACACAAAAAAAAUGGGGGAUGAGUUGAUUCUAUUGGGUUAUGAUAUUAGUGCGUUUGCGAUGAGGGUCAGAAUCGCAUUGGAUGAGAAGGGUAUCGAAUAUGAGUACAGGGAGGAGAGCAUGGCCAACAAAAGCCCGCUAUUGCUUGAGAUGAACCCAGUUCACAUGAAGGUCCCAGUCUUGAUUCACAAUGGGAAACCCAUUUCCGAGUCGCUCAUCAUCCUUGAGUACAUAGACGAGGUGUGGAACGAUAAGUCCCCGUUGCUGCCUUCUGAUCCUUACCAGAGAGCUCAAGGUAGAUUCUGGGCUGAUCUUAUUGACAAAAAGAUAUACAUUAAUGGUGGAAGAUUAGUUUGGUUUAGCAAAGGAGAGAAGCAAGAAGCAGGAAAGAAGGAACUGAUGGAUGGGCUGAAGCUGUUGGAAGAAGAGUUGGGAGAGAAGGUUUACUUUGGUGGUGACAAGUUUGGCUUUUUGGAUGUGGCCUUAAUCCCUUUCUACAAUUGUUUUGAUAGCUUUGAGAGAUGUGGGAAGUUGAGGAUUGAAGAACACUGCCCCAAACUCAUUGCAUGGGCCAAGAGAUGCAUGGAGAAAGAGAGCGUCUUCAAGUCCUUCACUAUGGCUCAUCCUUCCAAGAUUGAUGAAUAUAUCUUGAUGACGAGGAAGAAAUAUGGAAUCGAAUGAAUGAUCUUUGACUGUAAUAUACUUGUCAUGUGAUUGAUCAUCAUCUCUUAAAUUAAUUGUAUACUUGUGAC